UCUCUGCUCAAUUCACGGUGCGUGCCCUCCAAUGGCAUCAUCGUUAGGGAGCUAUUAUUUAUUUGAAACUGGUGGGGUCUGCAGAGUCGAAGGAGUGUGAGGCACUAUCUGCAACUCUCGCGUCCGUUUCUCCUGCACUGAGAGGUCAGUUGUUACUAUUACAGUGUUAAUAUAACAACGACACUCGUAGCAAACAUGUGGAACGCAAUAUUUGGCAGCGCUACGCCUGUUAACGAUGCGGCAAACGAAGUCACGUUUACCAUUAAUGGCAAGACCUACAAAGCUGGCAGUGGUCUUCCGGAGGACACGAGCCUGAACACGUUUAUCCGAGAUGUGGCCAACCUGAAAGGCACCAAGUUCAUGUGCGCCGAAGGUGGCUGCGGCGCGUGCAUCGUCUCGGCUACCGUCGAGCACCCGGUCUCCAAAGAGCGCGAGACCAAAGCUGUUAACUCGUGCUUGGUGCCGGUCUUCUCGUGCCACGGCUGGGAAAUCACGACCAUCGAGGGCAUUGGUAACCGCAUGAAGGGCUACCAUCAGACCCAGGCGCAACUAGCCAAAUUCAACGGCACACAGUGUGGAUACUGCUCGCCUGGCAUGGUCAUGAAUAUGUACAAUCUGCUAGAGGGAGGCCACGCACCGACUAUGGCUCAAAUUGAGAACUCUUUCGGAGGUAAUCUGUGCCGCUGCACUGGCUACCGUCCCAUUUUGGACGCGUUCAAGGCUCUCGCCUCGGACGCCACUCCCGAGCUCAAGGCCAGCUGCGUCGACAUUGAAGAAGUCUACAAAAUCUGCAAGAAAACGGGGGAACGUUGCUCUGGGAAGUGCUCGAUUCCGGCCGACUUGCCAAAGUCGGUUGCAUUGAGCACUGGCGGAGUGAACUGGCGCAAAGUCAGCUCGCUGGCCGAGUUGCGUGACGCGUUGGUCAACAUUGGUGAGACACCAUACAAGCUGGUCGCAGGAAACACCGCUGAAGGUGUUUACAAGAGCGAGGGGAUUAAGGUGUACAUUGACGUGAAGGGGGUGCCUGAGCUGAGGUCGAUCGAUAAGAAGCCAGGUGCAAUCACCCUGGGCGGAAAUGUCACCCUAACCGAGGCCAUGAACUUUUUCGCCAGUGUCACCGAGAAAGAGUUCAAAUACGUUAAUCAACUGGCCACGCACAUUGACUGGAUCGCCAACGUCCCUGUCCGAAAUGCCGGAACUCUAGCUGGAAAUCUGUCCAUCAAACACGCACACCAUGAAUUUCCCUCUGAUAUUUUCACCACAUUUGAAACUGUCGGCGCCAAGCUUAACAUCAUGGAUGCCGUUGGCGAUGUGAAAACGGUAACCCUGGCCGACUACCUGGUGUUGGACAUGAACAGGAAGUUCAUCUUGAGCAUCGAGCUGUCGAAGAAGGGUGAAAACCACCGUUUCCGCUCGUUCAAGAUCACCCCUCGCGCCCAAAACGCGCACGCCUACGUCAACGCCGGUUUCUGCUUCGAGUUUGAGGACACCAAGGCCUGGAAGGUCGUUGGCCAGCCCAGGAUCGUCUUUGGUGGCAUUGCACCAAGCUUUACCCACGCGAGCAACAUUGAGUCGUAUCUUACGGGCAAAAACCUGCUGGAUAGUGCGGCCAUCUCCGGAGCUUUUGCUGAGCUUGGACGACAACUUAAUCCAGACAGAGUUCUGCCCGAUGCUACUGCUGAGUACCGGAAGAAUCUGGCACAGGCCCUUUUCUUCAAGUUCCUGCUCGGUCUCGAUCCUAGCAAGGUAAGCGACUCGCAAAAGUCUGGCGGGACCAACCUGGAGCGUCCGCUGUCGACCGGCAAGCAGGACUUUGACACUGACAAGUCGCUGUACCCGCUGAACGAGCCGAUCCCCAAGAUCGAGGCGCUGGCCCAGUGCUCUGGCGAAGCUGAGUUCGUCAACGACAUUCCGUCCGUGCCGGGCGAAGUGCACGCUGCCUUCGUUCUCUCCACGCAGGCCACCGGCACCAUCGCAAACAUCGACCCCACUGAGGCGCUUGCGAUGCCAGGCGUGGUUGGCUUCUUCAAGCACACCGACAUGGUGCAUUACAACAUCUUCACGCCGCCAGAUUUUGGCUAUGCCGAUCAAGAGGAGAUUUUCUGCAGUGGAAAUGUGAAAUAUGCCGGACAGGCGCUGGGCCUGGUGGUGGCUGAAACCAGGGAACUUGCUCUCAAGGCUGCUGACAAGGUUAAAGUCGAGUACAAGAACUCAACAAUCACCAAACCAGUCAUCAGUAUGAGCGAAGUCUUGCAAAACGCCGGCAGCAGAAUCCACCCCGAUGACAACGAGGCGGAGAAUGAAGAAGAGACUGCAUCUCAUCGCACGAAGGCGGCAAAGAUCAUUAAAGGCGAUUUCGAAAUCCCCAAGCAGUACCACCUGACCAUGGAGAACCAGUCGUGCCUGGUGCUGCCCAAGGAGGACGACAGUUUUGACGUCUUCUCGACUACCCAGUGGAUCGACCUGGGACAGGCCGUCGUCGCCCGCUGCCUCGACAUUAAGGCUAGCAAAGUGAACAUGUCAGUUCGUCGACUCGGAGGAGGAUAUGGAGCCAAAAUCACACGGCCGUCGCAGCUGGCCGGCGCGUGUGCCGUCGCUUCGCAGAAACUCAAUAGGGCGGUUAGGAUGGUGAUGCCAAUGACGGCAAACAUGGAGCUGGCAGGAAAGCGUUUUGGACUCAGGAAUGAGUACGAAGUGGGGGUAGACGAGAAGGGCAAGAUCGAGUAUCUGCAGGCCAAGUUCUUCCAAGACUCAGGCUGCAACCUGAACGACAGUCCCCUGAGGUCGACGCGCGAGCACUUCAACAACUGCUACGACAGCACCAAGUUCAAGGUCGAGAGCCAGCAGAUCCGGACGGACACAGCGUCCAACACGUGGUGCCGCGCGCCAGGCACCACCGAGGGCGUCGCCUUCAUCGAAGAAAUCAUGGAACGCAUCGCCGGCGAGACUAAACUCGACCCGCUGGCCGUGCGCCUGGCCAACCUGCACAACAACGACAACCCCAUCGCCGAAAUGAUCGCUGAGCUCAAGAGGAUCAGCGACUUUGACGCCAGGAGGGCCAAAGUCAACGAGUUCAAUGCAGCGAAUCGGUGGAAGAAGCGUGGUAUGUCGAUAGUGCCGAUGCAGUACCCGUUUGACUUCUGGGGCAACCACCCGGCUAUCGUGAGCAUCUACCAGAGCGACGGCUCCGUCGCCAUCUCGCACGGUGGCAUCGAAAUGGGCCAAGGAAUGAAUACCAAGGUGGCGCAGGUGGCGGCCCACAUCCUUGGGGUUCCGCUUGACUCUAUCUCGGUCAAGCCGAGCAACACGCUGACCAGCGCCAAUGCCAUCGUCACCGGCGGCAGUCUCGGCAGCGAAGCUGUCAGCUACGCCACGAUGCAGUGCUGCAAAGAGCUCCUCAAGAGACUGCAGCCCAUCAAGGACAAGAUGCCCAACGCCAGCUGGUUGGAACUGAUCAAAAAUGCUCACGGCAAACAAAUCGAUCUGGUUGCCACCUACAUGUUCACCCCGAAGGACGAUGUGAAGAGGUACAACAUCUGGGGCGCUGCGAUUGCCGAGGUUGAGGUCGACGUUCUCACAGGCGAAAAGCAGAUUUUGCGCGUGGAUUUGCUUGAGGAUGCUGGGCAGAGUAUGAGCCCCAUGGUAGAUAUUGGACAAAUCGAAGGCGCCUUUGUCAUGGGAAUGGGCUACUGGCUGACCGAGGAGUUGAUUCACGACCCAACCACUGGCCGCCUUCUCAACACCAGAACAUGGAACUACAAGGUCCCUGGAGCGAAAGACAUUCCAGCCGAUUUCAGGGUCACGUUCAGGAAGAAUGCGAAAAAUCCUGACGGCGUGUUGCAGUCCAAAGCGACUGGAGAGCCGCCGUUGAAUUUGAGCAUUGUUGUGCUCUUCGCUGUGUCUGAUGCUGUGCGCUCUGCCAGGAAGGACGCUGCAGGUGACGACAAAUACCACCAAUUGAAGCCGCCAGCAACCGCAGAACACAUUUUCCUAGCUGGUCUGGCGGACCCUAAGGACUUCAAGCUGUGAGACACAAAGGCAUUUCUUCCUGUGUCCAUUUAAUUUCUGUAUCGAUGGUGCGAGCGAUUAAAGAAAAUAUUUUGUUACUA